AUGACGACGUCGCCGUCCACCUCGAGUGCAAUCGUUUUUAAAGAAUACAGCGAUAUAUAUAACUCGGCAAUUGAGCGUGCACGCUUUAGACCAAUUUUCGUCCCAGUGCUUAAUUCCAUACAUGGGGAUAUAGACGAGUUGGCGAGGGUAAUGUCUGAUGGCGCGGGGGCAUAUGAUGGCGUCGUUGUCACUUCCCAGCGAGCUGUGGAGGCGUGGAAGUCGGCGGCAGAAGUUGCUCAAAAUGCGCCGAGUGCGCCAUGUGGAAGCACUCACAGCUAUCACACUCAACAUUCCCCUCAGCUUGAAUGGUCCGAUUUGCCUUUCUACUCAGUAGGCCCAUCCACCAGCCACGCGCUGCGCAGUCUGGGUAAAUGCACUUGCCCACACUUAACUCCUAAAUAUAUAAUGGGCGGCGAAGAAUCAGGAAAUGGAGUAAAAUUGGCUGAUUACAUACUUUCAAAUCACAAAGAUGGCAAUGACAAAAAGCACAAUCGCAUUCUUUACCUCGUCGGCGAUAAAACGGCUUCGGAGCUCAGCAACAUUCUCCAGGAUAAUGGCGUAUUAGUGGAUAGAUUGCAGGUGUACGCCACGAAGCGAUUGUCAGUUGAACAAUUACAAUUUAACAUACACAAGGCUAAUGCUGGAGAUGCCAAGUGGAUCAUCAUUUUCUCGCCUAGUGGUGCGGAUGUGAUUAUACCUGCUAUCAAAGAAAUGGAAUUGAAUGUGAAGGUGGCUUGUAUUGGGCCAACUACCUCCAAGUAUGUGCAAGAAAUAAUGCAGGUUUGUGUGGAUGCAGUGCCUGCUAAACCAGAUGCCCAAUUGCUGGCAGAGGCGAUGAGCAGAGUAGAUUGA